CAUCAAAUGUUAUUAGUUUGCUCGAUCGCCCACGCAACAACCCCUUAUCGACAUACAUUCUAAUUUCCAACCCCCAUGUUACAGGCUGCCACGUACCUUAAACAAACCCCAGUGCAGUGACCGAUAUCUUACAACCCUAAUUUAAUUAGUAGUUUGUUAAAACUAGCAAGCAUUGCAUCAGUUCACCCUCAACCACCCGACACUUCAAAAUGAAAUCGAGAAGGUGCCUUCCUGUGAUUCUGUGUUGGUGUACAGUUUUUGUGCUCUUAGUGGCUGUAGGGUUUGUUCUUGUUUUUGUGUGGCCAGUGCUUUUCAAACAUAUAUUGGACAGUAACAUGGUUCUAACGAAAACUUCGCAUACUUUCGAACUGUGGAAGAAGUUCCCGCAUUCGUUUCCCAUCGAUUUUUAUUUUUUCAAUUGGACUAAUCCUGAAGAUGUGUACAACGAAACGGUUAAACUCAAAUUUAACCAAAUGGGACCUUAUAAGUUUUUGGAAACGAAAGAAAAGAGUGAUAUUGUAUGGAAUGAUAACGGGACGGUUAGUUUUAAACAUUUGAAGCAUUGGUACUACGAUGAUAAGAGCUCGAAUCACGAUAUUAGAGAAGAAGUUACCACGAUUAAUCCAGUGGCUGUCUCAGCAGUGUAUACUUCCAGAGCGUGGAGCUAUUUCGUCCGAAAAGGCCUGUCCUUGUCUCUCUCCAGCAUAACUCCCACUAUCCAUCUCACUCGAAGAGUAGGCCAGAUGCUAUUCGAAGGUUACAAAGAUCCAAUGAUCACUGUGGCCAAAACGCUACCGUUUCUAGCAGGAACCUCUCUCCCACCAUGGGACAGAUUUGGGUGGUUCUACACGAGAAACGGCUCCUCCGACUACGAGGGCGUUUUCAACAUGGGCACUGGUAUUAAUUCGGUCUUUGGCAAACUGUACACCUGGAACUACUGGACACAGACUCCCUUCUUCGAAGGAAAUUGCGCUAAAGUCAACGGUUCAGCAGGAGAAUUUUUCGGCCCUCCGAAUAAAGAGUCAAUCAGCUUUUUUUCGCCCGAUUUGUGUCGAACGAUGACUCUGAGAUACUCCGGCCAGACUGUUAUAAAUAACAUUCUAGGAAACAGAUACGUCGUUGACGAACUUAUGCUCGAUAAUGGAACUCUGUAUCCUGAAAAUUCGUGUUUCUGCAACGGUGAGUGCGUCCCGUCUGGCUUGGUCAACGUUUCCAGCUGCCGUUUUGGCUCUCCAUCGUUCGCGUCUUUGCCUCAUUUCUACAAAGCAGAUCCGUACUAUCUGGAACCAAUCGAAGGACUGCAACCGGACAAAGACAAGCACGAUUUCUAUAUGGUGUUAGAGCCUACGACGGGUAUUCCUUUAGAGGUCAGUGCUAAAUUGCAAAUAAAUCUUCUAAUGCAACCGGUUUCGGGAAUCGCGAUGUACGAGAAUGUUCCUAAAGUCUUUAUACCGAUGCUAUGGUUUGAACAGAGUGUGACUAUACCGAACCAUGAAGCCUUUAUUUUGAAGCUGUUGUUGAAUUUGCCAAUCAUUUGCACUUCUGUAGGAGUGUUAAUGAUCUUCUUCGGGUUUAUUGUGAUGGGGUGCCUUAUUUAUAAAGUGUGCACUAUGAACAUUUGUGGAAGGAAGAAAAAGAAGUUUUUGUAUUCGACUGAGCAGAGCAUUCCUCUAAAAUCAUUAUGUUCGGUAAGUAUAAUCAAAAUGAACUCGAACAGCGUACUGUUCCAAAAGAGAUUUCUGUUUUGCGUUAGUUUACUAUUUAGUAUUUGUGGACUUGCUUUUAUUUGUCUAUGGCCUGCACUUUUCAACUUUUUAUUAACACUACGAGAACUCAAUCUGAUUUACAAAUAUUGGAAGGUCAUUCCAGUGGCUCUGAAAACGGAAUUUCAUUUCUUCAAUUGGACAAAUCCGGAAGAUUUUUACAACUUGUCGGUGAAACCUAGGUUCGAAGAAACGGGACCUUACAGAUUUUGGCAGAAUGAAGAGAAGACCGAUAUUAUUUGGAACGACAAUGGAACAAUUACGUUCAAACAAAGAAAAUCUUGGUAUGCUGACAACGAGAAAAAUGGCGACUUGAAAGAUAAAAUCAACACCAUGAACCCAGUUCCUCUAGCCGCAUCAUACAUCUUGCGAAACUGGAAUUACUUCGUCAAAAAAGGUCUUUUUGUUACCCUGUACCCUCUCUUUCGCAACUUGAAAAUGACAAAAACUGCUAAGGAACUCCUUUUUGAUGGGUAUCCAGAACCGUUAAUCAAAGUAGUAAGAGCUGUUCCCCUUUUUGAAAAAUAUAACAUUCCCGCUUGGGACCGAUUUGGUUGGCUCUAUAAUAGAAAUGGAUCGUCCGAGUUCGAUGGCACUUUCAACAUGGGUACCGGUAUUAACUCAACCUUUGGCGAAAUUAACACUUGGGAUGGGAAGAAACGAACUCCGUUUUUUGAUGGGUCGUGUGCUUCAGUCUAUGGUUCCGCAGGCCAAGUUUUCCCGAGAAAUUUGCAAAAAGACGUCAUUAAACUCUUUUCGUCAGACUUACGCAGAAGCGUUAACAUGACGUUUGAACGGGAAGAAAUAGUAUCGGGUAUACUGGGUUACAAAUACAUGGUAGAUGACAGAGCUUUGGACAAUGGCACGAUUUACCCACAAAACCGAUGUUUUUGCAACGGGGAAUGUUUGCCGUCUGGCAUGGUUAACCUUUCAAACACAAGACAUGGUUUCCCAAUAUUUAUAUCACUGCCCCAUUUUUACAGAGCUGAUCCUUAUUACGGCAACUUGAUUGAAGGUAUGAAACCUGAUCCAAGUAAACACCAUUUUUCCAUCACGAUUGAACCAACUACUGGUAUACCAUUAAAGGUCGACGGCAAAAUCCAAGCUAAUUUUUUGGUGCAACCAGUUCCUGGCGUUGUGAUGUUUGAAAGCGCUCCAAAAUUCAUGCUUCCAGUCAUCUGGACAUCUCAGACCUAUGAAAUUGAAGGCAUCCAUGCAUUUAUCAUGCGACUGUUAGUUAAUUUUUCUGUGAUAUGUGUGACUCUAGGUUUAAGCAUGGUCGUGCUCAGUAUAGGCAUGUUCGCACUUAUUGUGUAUAAAACACAUAUCGAGAGACUACAUCAAAAGAAACUGAUGGGGUUUCUCAAAGAGCAAAACGUUCCUUUAAAAUCAGAUUUUCAACACACUUAGUCUAAUUUGAUAAUUAAUGUGAUCUUAUAUAUAAUUCAAAUUCAAUUGUGACAGAAUAAGAGUGAUAUAGCCUAUUUUACAAACUUAUGCGUGUGAUAAUUAGCUAAAAACGUGUUGUUAGUAUAUAAAUA